GUUGAAUGUGAUAAACGAACGUUUCUAAGCGAGUCAGCUGAAAAAAGCUUGCAUUAAUUUAAUACAUCGAAACAUUUUAAUCUUGAUAAGAUAAUUACUCCGUUGAAGUUGUGACCAAAAUGCCCGUAGACCAGAUUCAAUACUCCGAAAGAUAUAAUGAUGACAUAUAUGAAUAUAGACAUGUCAUCUUACCACCUGACAUCGCCCGGCUAGUGCCCAAGUCCCACCUGAUGACGGAGACAGAAUGGCGGAACCUCGGAGUGCAGCAGUCCCCCGGCUGGCUCCAUUUCAUGGUCCACAACCCGGAGCCCCAUGUCCUGCUGUUCCGGAGACCACGGACGGACAUCCAGCCACCGGUCAACGGGUUAGAUAGUAAUAAAAGCUCGACUGUCAAAGUAUAGAUGAAGGUGGGUGUUUUGUUUAGGCUUUGAACUUGGUUUGAUAU